AUGGCGCCGCUGUUGGGCCGCAGGCCUUUCCCGCUGGUCAAGCCGUUGAGCGAGCCGCCUUCCGAGGGGAGAGGAGGUGCUCAUUAUAGAACACACCAAGGAGGCGUUCAAGAGCCAAGAAGAAUAUGAAGCGCGCUUGCAGCGCUACGCAGAGCGGAUCUGGACGUGUAAAAGUACAGGAAGCAAUCAGUUGACUCACAAGGAGGCGUGGGAUGAAGAACAGGAAGUGACAGAACUGCUGAAAGAAGAGUUUCCCGUGUGGUAUGAGAGACAGGUCCUGGAGAUGGUUCACCAUAACACUCUGUCUUUAGACAAGCUGGUUGACCAGACCUGGAUGGAGAUAAUGACAAAAUAUGCUAUUGAUGAAGAGUGCGAUGUUGAGGUUGGCCCAGAGAAAUACUUGCGUGCUAAAAUAGUGAAGAUGCAUCCUCUUGAACAAGAUGAAACUGGAGCAGAAAAGAAGUCUGGGUCUUGUGAUUCUCCAUCCAGUGACAAAGAAAACUCCAGCCAGGUGGCACAAGAUAACCAGAUGAAGGAAGAAACUAACUGCAGAGAUAGCUUAAGUGCUCUGAGAGAAAGUGACAGAGCAAGACGUUCACCCCGUAAACUGCCUGCGAGCUUCAAAAAAGAAGAGAAAAAAUGGAUUCCACCUAAAUUUCUUCCACACAAAUAUGAUGUAAAAUUGCUAAAUGAAGACAAGGUCAUCAGCAUGGUUCCUGUAGAAAGUCUGUAUCGCUCGGAGCGCCCUCCCAAUAAAGAGAUACUUCGCUACUUCAUCCGUCAUAAUUCUUUGCGGAUAGGCACAGGGGAAAAUGCUCCAUGGGUUGUUGAGGAUGACUUGGUUAAGAAGUACUCCUUGCCCAGCAAGUUCAGUGACUUUUUACUGGAUCCACAUAAAUACAUGACUUCAAAUCCAACACCAGCAACAAAAAGGAAGAGUGUAGGAUCUCCAGAUCAGAAACCAAAAAAAUCCAAGACUGAUGGUGACAAAUCUGUUCAAAAAGGCAAGAAAUAUCCUCUCAGCCCUAGUGUGUUUGGCCAGCUAAACCUCAAAAAAGUGGUACAAGGUUCACCUUUCAAACUGAAAGACUUGGAAGGAAAAUAUUCACCAGAGGAUCUGCAAAAAUUAAUGAAACUCAUGAGUUCUAAACUUAAGAGAGGCACUUCAACAGGAAAAAAGAAAAAUGGCAAGUCUCAGGUCAUCAAUGGGCAGAAAGUGUCUGGUAAAGUUCGCUCCCCUAAAAAGGUUCUAAAAAAUUCAAAACUAAAGCAGAUGACGUUGCUGGAUAUGGCUAAGGCUUCUAAAGCAUCUCGACCUAAGAGUGCGUCGGCUGCUCUAAAAUCAGCUAGCAAGCCAAAUAAAAGGCUUCCUGCUGCUGCAUUGCACUUGAUUUCUUACUACCGUGACAACAAGAACCGUGAAGACCGCAAGAGCCCUUUAUCUGCUCUUAUCUCUAAAGUGGCAAGGCUUCUUACUGAUGAAGAACGCAGUAGACUGCCUGAUGAGAUAAAAGAACUGGUACAGAAGCGUUAUGAGCAUUUGGAGGAGCGUAAGCGCUGGGCUAUGAUGACCGAAGCAGAGAAGGAGGAGCACAUGAGGAAGAAGAGGGAGGUGUUAAGAGAACGACUUAAAGAAAAGGCUCGGGAACGAAAGCAGAAAGAGAAAGAGGAACGAUUAGAGAAGCAAAAGAGAUUUGAGGACCAGGAUUUGGCCGGGAAGCAUUUGCCAACUUUCAAGUUGGUAGACACUCCAGAGGGGCUGCCAAAUGCUUUGUUUGGUGAUGUAGCAAUGGUUGUAGAGUUUCUCAGUUGUUACUCUGACCUGCUACUUCCGGAUGGUCAGUACCCAGUCACUGCAAUUUCUCUUAUGGAUGCCCUUGCUGCUGAAAGGGGUGGCUUUCUCUACCUUAACAGAGUGCUUGUUGUGCUACUACAAACGCUCUUGCAGGAUGAGAUUGCAGAGGAUUAUGGUGAGCUUGGGAUGAAGCUGUCAGAGAUUCCACUCACAAUGCAUUCUGCUUCAGAGCUUGUUCGUUUGUGCCUCAGAAAAUCUGAUGCUCCUGGAGAAAGUGACAGUACAGAGAAGGGGGAUGACGAAAGUGAGGGUUCUGCUGUUUUCCAGGAUGAUGAGGUGGAGGAUGAAUUUCUGGAGAAAUUGGAAACCUCAGAGUUUUUUGAAUUGAUGACAGAGGAAAAGCUUCACAUCCUCACUGCUCUCUGUCACCGCAUCCUCAUGACGUACUCUGUACAGGACCACGUGGACGAGAAGCAGCAGAAAUCAGGUGAACUCUGGAAGGAGAGGUUAGCCAUGCUGAAAGAAGAAAAUGAUAAAAAAGCGGGCAGCGAAACAAAAAAGGAAGGAAUUGGAGGCCAAGGGUAAAGAGGAAGGAGUAGUUCCCAAGCAACUUUCUAAGAAAGGUGAAAAAGUAAAUAAAACGGAUCCAGCCCCAGGGGAGCAGGAACCCGAGGACAUGAUCAGUGCCGUGAAAAGUAGGAGGCUGCAGGCUAUACAAGCAAAAAGGAAAAGGAGGAAAAUGAAAAACUUACUAAAGAAAGAUUUCAAAAAGAGGCAGAAGAGGAGAGAGUGCGGAAGCAAAAAGCUUCUGCAGAGAAAGCUUUCCAUGAAGGGAUUGCAAAAGCAAAGCAAGUGCUGAGAAGAUCGCCCCUUGGCACAGACCGAAAUCACAAUAGAUAUUGGCUGUUCUCGGAUGGUGUUCCUGGACUGUUCAUUGAGAAGGGCUGGGUACAUGACAGUAUAAAUUAUAGCUUCAGUCUUCCUAAGGAGGAAGAGGAGGAAGAGGAACCUGAUGACGAGAGUGAAGAUGCAGACAGCAGUGUUGAUGGCCCAGAGGAUUCCAUUCAGAAAGAGGAGAAAGUAGUGGAGAGCACAGUGCCUAAACAAGGGCAGAAUCUCUGGUUUGUAUGUGAUGCACAGAAGGAGUUGGAUGAGCUUCUGGACUCUCUUCAUCCUCAAGGCUUUCGAGAGAACCAACUAAAGGAGAGACUACAGAAAAGAUAUCAAGACAUCUUACAUUCCGUUCAUCUCGCUCGCAAGCAGAACUUGGGUCUUAAGACAUGUGAUGGACACCAGGAGUUGCUGAAUUUCUUGAGGAGUGAUGUUGUUGAGGUUGCCACACGACUGCAGAAGGGAGGCUUGGGUUAUCUGGAUGAUGCAACAGAAUUUGAAGCCAGGGUUCGUUCCUUGGAGAAUCUAAAAGAUUUUGGAGAGUGCAUUAUAUUUCUCCAAGCUGCUGUCAUUAAGAAGUUUUUGCAAGGUUUUAUGGCUCCAAAGCAGAAAAAGCGUAAGCCUCAAUCAGAGGAGGCAGCAGCCAAAGCAGAGGAACAGGAUGAGGAGAAGAGGAUGGCAGAGGAAGCCAAGAUUGCCUCAGCAGUAGAGAAAUGGAAGACCGCCAUCAGAGAGGCGCAGACAUUCUCUCGUAUGCAUGUGCUUUUGGGUAUGCUAGAUGCCUGCAUUAAGUGGGAUAUGUCUUCAGAAAAUGCCCGUUGCAAAGUAUGUCGCAAGAAAGGUGAGGAUGACAAGCUGAUCCUCUGUGAUGAGUGUAACAAGGCAUUCCAUCUCUUCUGUCUGCGGCCAGUACUUUUAAACAUACCAGAUGGUGAAUGGCUAUGUCCUGCUUGUCAGCCAGCAACUCUUCGGCGCAGUUCACGGGGCAGGAGUUAUGCUGAAGAAUCAAGUCAUGAUGAUGAAGAGGAGGAGGGUAGAGGAAGAAGAGGAGGAGGAUGAAAAUGACGAUGAGUCAGGAAGUGACAAUGAUUAUGGAGGAAGGAUCAGAUUGCGUUCUUCUAAAGCAGUUAAAGGAAAAGCAGGAAAACUUCGGACAGGUACACGUGGGCGCCCACCAGGCAGGAAUCAACAAUCUUCGCGGCAGUCUCGUCGGCAAGCUUCACCAGAAAAUGAAGCGGAUGUAGAGGAGGUGAUACGUCGGAGUAAGCCAGCUUCUCGGCGUCAGAACCAGGAGCUCCAAAAGUGUGAAGAGAUUUUAUGUAAACUCAUAAAGUACCGUUUCAGCUGGCCUUUCAGGGAGCCAGUCAAUACGGAUGAGGAUGAAAACUAUUUGAAAGUGGUAACAACCCCUAUGGACUUCCAGACAAUGCAAAGCAAGUGUUCCUGUGGCAACUAUCAGACAGUUCAAGAAUUCGUAAAUGACCUGAAGCUUGUAUUUGGAAAUGCUGAGCUGUACUACGAGCCAGAGUCCCAGCAAUUAUCCUGUUUAGAGAAAACAGAGCAGUGUGCACGGGACCUCCUCACCAAACACCUUCCAGGACACCUGUACCAGAGAAGACAUCGUAAGCGUCAGGCUCCUGAACAAGAACCAGAAAGCAAUGGCCGGGGGCGCAAACGAAAGAAAUGA